AUGGCUGAAAACAUAUCAGCACUGAUAGCGCGAAGAGGCCAAUUAAAGGCAGCGAUAACUAGAUUCUCAACUUAUAUACAAUCAGAAGGACGAGAAGUCGUACAGAUUGAGAUUCGUAAAGCAAAAAUAGAAGAGAACUGGUACGAAUUUGAAAAGGUACAAUCGGCAAUAGAGGACAACGACGAAGAAAUACGAAAUACAAGUGAACAUUAUCCCUACCGAAUAGAAUUUGAAAACUUGUACUUUAAGGUCAUGUCAGAAGCCGAGAUAUGUAUAAGAGCGUCAAAAAGGGAAAAUUCGAAGGUCGAAACAAUAAAUUUGAUCGAUUGGGGUCAAAACAGCGAAGAAAAAACACAAAGAGGCAGUACGAAAUCAAUAGUUAGAUUGGCUCCAUUAAAUAUUCCAGUUUUUUCAGGAAAAUAUGACGAAUGGAUGUCAUUUAAGGAUAUUUAUAUGUCUGUAAUGCAUACUAACGAGGACUUGACUGCCAUAGAAAAGUUUUUCUAUUUAAGGUCAUCUCUGUCAAACGACGCAGCAAGUUGUAUAAAAUAUUUGGAAACUACCGCAACAAAUUAUGAUAUAGCUUGGAAAAGUCUGAUCAAUAGAUACGAUAACAAAAAAAUUUUGAUACAGACGCACGUAAAAAAUAUUGUGGAUUUGCCUCCAAUAAACGAGAGCACCUCGACAAAAUUACGUCAAUUUUCCGACGAUCUCGUCAGCAAUAUGAAAGCUCUAGAAACGCUUGGACAGAAGCCGAAAGAGUGGGGUCCACUGUUGUUGCAUAUACUGUGUUCAAAAUUAAACAACGAGACGUUGAAAGAGUGGGAGAGUAAAUCGGUCAAGGACAAAAUACCGUCCGUUACGGAAUUAAUCCAGUUCAUAGAGGAUCGAUUCCAAAUAUCCGAAUCCAUUGAAUCGUCGAAAUAUAUAAAUACAGAGUCUGCAAAAAAGGAAAAAGGUCUUUCAAAGUUUAUUAAAAAUAAUAAAUACAAAGCCGCAACAAGUUCAACGGCAUUUACAUCGACAGCUACGGCUAUAUGCUAUGCGUGUAAUUAG